AUGGCGGUAUCACAUGAGAACCAGGUGCGCCUGGCCCAUUCAUCACCACUAGACACCUUGGUUCGGCGAACUUCGUCUAAACGACAGGCUGUCCAACGGAAAGAAGAACGUGAGGCUCGGAAGCAUGCUAAUGCCAUUAAUCCCUCUUUGCCAGUGCCAUCUUCCUCUCGGUCAACUCGUUUUCCGGCGUCGUUAGUACAAGUCCAAGAUAUUUCUCCGCCGAGGCUAUACUAUGGAACUAGUCCGAGAGUGCCCGAGUCUCCUCUGUUGCACUCGCAAUUCCGUAAUUCGACAGCUAGCAAUGCUGACUAUCUUAACAUAAAGUCGUUUCUGUCGUUGACGGACGAACCAAACGGAUAUUAUGACGAGCUUGAAUCAUAUUACGAAGAGAAUAGCAUGUAUUCAUUGCGGCAAAGUCACACCCCCGGCGCUUCUACAGACAGCCACCGUGCUUGGCAUACCACCCUAGAACCUACCAGUGGUUCCACAAAUGGGUUGAACAUACAAUCCUCGGUUCAUGACAUGCAUCUGUCAAACUCAAGCACUCCCGUUCCAACCGUCGUGGUUUCCAAGCCCCAGGAUGUCGACAAGCAGGUCGCCGCUAAUGAGCCAAAACUUGGCGGAAAGUCACCCAUAGUUGACCCUACUCCCCGCAUAAACUUUUCCAGGCCAGGAAGACCACCAAUAAUCUCUUCUGAAGAACAGAAACGCCAGGUUCUUGAACGAAAUUCACGAAGAACCCGUUCUCCACUGACCGCUCAUACCCCCCUUUCGUUUGUUCCAAUUACGCCCCAGACGGGCGUAAGCUUUCCUGAAAACCAAUUUUUGUCGCCUACGCCGCAAUCUGAUGCAUGCUCGCCAGGGUCCUAUCUUCAACCAAACUAUGCUGUUUCUUCCCCGACCCUCUCAUCCUCCUCCCAUGUACACCUCCCCUCUCACCCCCCGUCUGUACGUCCGAGCUCACCAGAAAGCUUAUACUCCACCUCAUAUUCAUUUUACCGUUUGAGCGAUGGCUCUCCAUCCCCAACUGGCAAUUCAAAUUUUCCUACCCAACCACCUUCCUCGUCGGGCAACCGUUCACCUUCUACCGAGCCUUCAACUCCACAAGAAUAUCUCCAGCUAGGAAUACAAUACCACGAGGCCAACAAACUACAAGAUAGCGCAUUUUACUUCGAGAAAAGUGCAAAGGAACAAGGUGGCUGUGGGACAGGGAUGCUCUUGUGGGGAUUGACGCUGAGGCAUGGGUGGGGAUGCGAGAAGAACGAGAAAAGUGGUUUCAAGUGGCUCACAAAGGCCGCGGAAAGCGCUGUGGAUGAUCUGGGCAAGGCGAGAGAAGGCAUGGACGUGAAGGCUGUUAGAUCGGAGCUUGUACUAGCGAUUUAUGAGGUUGGGCAAUGCUUCUUUCAUGGCUGGGGCGUAGCUAAGGACUACAAGAUGGCAGUCAGUUACUAUCGAGUUGCUGCCAACCUCGGUGACGGGGAUGCACAAGAAGAUCUCGCUUUUUGCCUAGCCAAUGCCAAAGGGUGCAAAAAGGAUAAGAAAGAAGCUGCUAAGUGGUAUCGCGCUGCUGUCGCACAAGGUGCCAGCGACGUAGGGAUGGCGUGGAUCUACAAGGACAAAUACAAGGGCUAG